ACGACCUCACCUCACUUCUUCCACUACAUCCAUCACAAUGGCGCGCAAGUUCUUCGUGGGCGGCAACUGGAAGUGUAACGGCACCGUGAAGAGCAAUGAGGAGCUGGUCAAGGUGCUGAACGCCGCCGAGGUGCCCGGCACGGAUGUCGUGGAGGUGGUGGUGGCCCCCGCCGCCGGGCACUUCCCGCAGGUGCUUUCCUCCCUGCGCAAGGACUUCUCCGUGGCGGCGCAGAACUGCUGGGUGAAGAAGGGCGGCGCUUUCACCGGAGAGCUCAGCGCGGAGAUGCUCAAGGAUCUGGGCCUGCCGUGGGUGGUGCUGGGCCACAGCGAGCGGCGCCACAUCAUCGGCGAGAGCGACGAGUUCAUCGCCGACAAGGUGGCGUACGCGCUGGGCCAGGGGCUGGGCGUGAUCUACUGCAUCGGCGAGAAGCUGGAGGAGCGGGAGGCGGGCAACACGAUGGCGGUGAACGCGCGCCAGAUGCAGGCCCUGGCCGACAAGAUCUCCGACUGGUCCAAGGUGGUGGUCGCCUACGAGCCUGUAUGGGCCAUCGGCACCGGCAAGGUGGCCUCCCCCGCGCAGGCCCAGGAGGUCCAUGAUGAGCUGCGCAAGUGGCUGUCUGCCAACGUGAGCCCCGAGGUGGCAGAGGCGACCCGCAUCAUCUACGGCGGCUCGGUGACCGCCGCCAACUGCGGCGAGCUGGCUGGCUGCCCCGACAUUGAUGGCUUCCUGGUGGGCGGCGCCUCCCUCAAGCCUGAGUUUGUGGAUAUCAUCAAGGCCGCCGAGAAGUCCAAGUGAGCUGAGCUGCUCAAGCGGGGAGCUGCGUCCUGCUGGGCCAGAUGAAUGAACACAUCCAGGCCGCAUGCGAAUCGCGGCGGCAGCUUUAAGUGCUGAGAACGGCUGCGAGCUGUCGACGCCAUCCGUGCCCGCCAGCAUUUUGAUAGGAUUGCAAGCAUUGCAUAUUGGCAUGCGCUGCGGUUGUAACGCACAACCAAG